UCGCUGGUUCCGGUGUCUCCUGUCUCGUAAGAAGUGCAGAGUGCUUGUUCUCGGUGCUGCUGUCACGCUCGGCUCCGGGGUGUGUACGCUUAGUCAUGGCCGCAGCUCGCAGGUCCCGCUCAGACUCCCGCUGUGUCCUGCGUUUCUCCGACCGAGAACUGUGCUGAGCUUAGCAGAGCUGAGAGGAACCCGCUGCCGCCCAGCAUGGCGGAAGGUGAUGAGAAUUGUCGUUCUAAAAUCCUGAAGUCUGAUGAAAAUGGAAGACCAGGAGAAACAAAUCUUCAGGCAGAGCUACAGAAGUUCCGGGCUCGUUGGAUGUCUGAACUUGCUCCAGGAGUGGGUUCUGAGGUAGAGGUUCAGUCUCGCAAAGGAACAGUGAGAGGACCUGUUGGAAAGACCCAGGAUACCAAAGGAAAACAAGAAUGUGCUACGGAGGAGAAGGCAAGAGAACUUUUUCUUAGAGCUGCAGAACAGGAACAAAAUGGGGCACUCUAUGAAGCCAUCAAGUUUUACCGUCGAGCUAUGCAGCUUGUGCCCGACAUUGAGUUCAAGAUUAAUUACAACUGGUCUCCGGAUGGCGACGGAGUAGGAAAAAACUUUAUGGAUGACGCCAAUGAUGACAGCAAGAUGUACGACCUGUUAUCCUACUUCCAGCAACAACUGACAUUUCAAGAGUCCUCCCUUAAAUUGUGUCAGCCAGAAUAUGACGUCAACCAGACUCAUAUUUCAGUGCUCCCUAUGGAGGUACUCAUGUAUAUUUUCCGCUGGGUGGUUUCCAGUGAGCUUGAUCUUCGUUCUUUAGAACAGCUGUCAUUGGUCUGCAAGGGCUUUUAUAUUUGUGCAAGGGAUCCUGAGAUCUGGCGUUUAGCAUGCUUGAAAGUCUGGGGACGAAGUUGUGUGAAAAUGGUACCAUAUAUUACAUGGAGGCAGAUGUUUCUAGAAAGGCCACGGGUCCGCUUUGAUGGUGUGUAUAUUAGCAAGACAACAUACAUCCGCCAGGGAGAGCAGUCUCUGGAUGGAUUUUACCGGGCUUGGCAUCAAGUAGAAUAUUACAGGUAUAUGAGAUUUUUCCCUGAUGGGCAAAUUAUUAUGCUUACCACCCCAGAGGAGCCCCAAACAAUUGUACCUCGUUUAAAGACAAAAAAUUCACGAACUGAUGCAAUGUUGCUUGGCCAUUACCGUCUGUCACAAGAUACAGAUAACCAAACCAAAGUUUUUGCAGUAAUAACAAACAAGGAGGAGAAAUCUGCAGAGUACCAAAGGUAUCGCUACUUCCGCCGUUCUCCAGUGCAGGAAACAGAUCGUAGUUUUCAUAUUGGACUUCAGCUAUGCUCAUCUGGUCGUCACAGAUUCAAUAAGCUGAUUUGGAUUCAUCAUUCAUGUCAUAUUACUUACAAGUCCACUGGAGAGACGGCCAUCACAGCAUUUGACAUUGACAAAAUGUACACUCCACUGUUCUUUGCUCGUGUGAAGAGUUUUACUGCUGUAUCUGAGAGACCUCUCUGAGGUCUUUCUUCUCAUUUCUUGCAUGGUAUUUACUGAUCAAGGGAAAGCAAUGGAUCAUCGGCAUACAGUACUUUAUUUCUGCUGCAGAUAAGCUGGGAGCUUGCUUUGGGGGCAUGUAGGGAAGAUCUGCUGUUUGUAAGCUUGAAAUUGUAAUUUCAUCCUAGUGCAUUUUAUAGGAUAAUUGAAUAAGUUUGCCUCUGAAGUUUCUUUAUUAUAAUUUAUCCUAUCCUCAUACUGAGUUUCCAGGAAUUUUAUCAGAAGUGCGGCAUUGAUGGUUUCACCCAGCUUAAUGACGGUGUGAUCCUCCAAGCAGUUGGCAUAACCUCCUCAGUAGUACUACCAAAAAUUACAUUUCUAAAUUACAACAGAAAUUAUGUGUAGAUGAUUAUAAGUAAAAAAAAAAUAUAAGAAUGAAUAAUUUUAAACAUUGUGGUGGUCAUUAACUGUUGCCAUUGUUUUAUAUAAGCACUAUUAAUUUGAGAUGUGUGCAAUAUACAAGAAUAUUAAGAGAAAACAAUCAUGGUCUUUUAUACUGUAUAUAUUUUAGUUUGCUUUGCUGGAAACCUGAUAAUUAAAAUGGCUUAAGGUCUUUGUUCAAGGCAUUUUUUUCUUUUCAUAUGGGGACUUGUCUACAAAUAUGAUCCUGAUCGUUGAAAUGUGCAAUGUUAUGAAUAAACACAGAGAUGGGACAUUA